ACUUAAUAUAUGAAAUUUUUUCAAAGAUACAUAAUCCGGAAUAUCUAUUUUCUUCUUGAUGAUUGUAACAUGCAACUUUAAACUAUGUAAAUAUCAUAUAUCAUACACAUAAAAAUAAUAUCAAUUGUUGACAUACAAAAAAUAAAUAAUACCAAUUGUGAAAAUACAAAUGAUAUAUUAGAUGGCAUAAAAAGCAGUAGAAAUACAAUUUAGAAAAUAAUAAGAAAAUAUAGUUGUUACCCUUUUUUCAAAAAAAAAAAAAAUAUAGUUGUUUAAUAAAGGGGUCACUGCUAUAACAGAAGAGAUAAAGUGUGAUGUGUUUUUAACAGAAAAGAAAAAUAAACAAAAGUGUGACUGUGUGUGGUGAGGUGUUCAACUGCUCAUGCACCAAAGCUCCCUAACGUGGUGGACAAAAAAGCCAUGGAACGGGGAUCACGUGAGCUCACUCUGAUGCUUUUACUCCUCACAUGAUAUUAUGAUAAGGUAUUUACAAAUAGUAGCGGUUCUGACCCAUCCUAGGGCCCAAUAGUAUUAGCCAUCUAACGUAUCUAAAAUGUUGAUUAGUAGAGGACAAUCAUGACUCAUGAGAUAGAUUGGAUGGUCUGUGUUUAUCUUUACGAAACUCACAAAUUUUACGGUCAAGUUAAACUGGUAGAAUCGUUGCAUUGACAGCUAAAUAUCGUUGCGGCUAUGUGGCCACAUCGGUCCAUGGGGUAUUUUUGGAGAUUUGGACCAUAUGGGGUCAUGUCAUUUCAUCUCCUACUUUUUGCUUGAAAUUGUUUUGGAGGGAUUCCAGCUUUUUGUUUCAUGUUUAUUACUGAAACGUACGGAGGAUCAUUGCUAACAUAAUUGCAUAAAGUUUAAAACAUACUUUCUUACCAACCUAUAUAUAGUACAAAUGCGCACAAUAUUUAACGCUAAGACCAUCUCCAAUGGCUUACUCUAUUUUCUUACUCUAAAAUAGAGUAACUCUAUAAUAGAGUUUGAGUUUGCUCCAAUGGUACUCUAUUUUAGAGUAGAAAAUAGAGUGAUGAACAAAAAAAAAACAAGUUACUCUAUAUUUGGAGUAAACCUAUUUUUCACUCUAUUAUAGAGUGAGAAAUAGAGUACCAUUGGAGCAUUUUUUACCCUAAACUCUAUUUUAGAGUGAAAAAUAGAGUGGGGUUGGAGAUGCUCUAAUUAGUAACAAAGGGAUUCUAUUUGUCUUUUACUUAUUUCUUAAAAAAGGUAUGAUACUUCUUUUUUGAACUGAAGGUCUGAUACUUUUUUUUGUUCAACGAAGGUCUGAUACUUCUUUAUACUUUUCUUGUCAAAGGUUUUGCAUUCUCUUUUCCAAUAUGAUAACAUUGAUUUAGAGAAUACAUUUGUUUUCAAUUGUGAAAUGUCAAUACGAACGUUUUACAAUGGAUCGCUUCGACCUUUCUGUGUGUGCUUCCUACAGUCUUCACACUGUUUCCUAUCCAAAACACCACCUCGUUUUCUUAUACAUGAAUGAUUUCACAAAAUUUGUUGUUUAUUAAACAAAAGGUUCUGUAAGCCCAUACUUUACUCUGGCCUGGGACCCAACAUGUUAAAUGUUAUUAGUUCAGGCCCAGAAUCUGCUCUUUCUCUUUAUAACAAGUGAAUUCGUAGUUGGGUGCAUCCGUGCAUGAGUGGGUUUGUGCGCAACAAACUCUACAAAAUUGUGAAGAAUUGAAGAGAACAUCCUCCUUAUUCCUCAAGUUCGACAAACUUUCCCAAGUUCCCAACUUAACCCCGAUAAAUACGAACGACUGUAGCCAGAACCAGGCCCGGUCCGUUGGUUUUUGGCGCCUAAAACCCAAUCCAACUAUAAAAAUAUUCCACCUAAAAAACGAAGUUGAGUUUCGAACCCCACCCUUUUGGUUAGCAGUGUCGACCACUACACUACAACUAACUUAAAAAAUGUUUUUGUUCUAAAAAUAUAUAAUAUAAUUUGGCGUUUAAAACAUGGGUUUUAUCUGCUUUAGCCCAGGACCGGCCCUGGCUAAAACCAAAAAUGGAUUUAAGAAACUUUAUUAUUUUAUAAUCAGAAGCCAGAUUGGAAGUUUACAUAACAUUCCAAAGUAUAACAUUUGUUAAAGUAAAAAAAAAAAAUUGUUAAAGUCAAGAAAGUUUUACCAUGCAAAAAAGUUCAAACAUAGCUGAUAGUGAUCAGAUUCAGAAGAUGAGUAAGGGCAUCCAUCCUCUCAUUGAAGGUUCUUCAACGUUCAAUUAAAGAAAUUCCCUCAAGAUGAUUUGGCAGUGCUCGAUGUAGACCACUGUUCAGUAGAUAGAGAUAUAUACCAUAACAGUGGUUAACAAGAAACAAUCAUUCCACAAGGUAACCUUCUCUUUUGUUAAGUAGGUUCCCUUUUCGGGAUAUGUAACUCUAUUUUUGGGAAUUUAUUUAUAGAUAUGGUAUAUGGAUCAAUUUCGUUGCUCCUCCUCUUAUCACACGAGUAGAGUGAUGAAAAGAGAGUUUGGCAGUCACGCUUGUAGACGGACACGUGGAAAGAAGAUACGCCCCAAUUGCAGCAAACAAACUCCGUAUAUAUCAGAAAAUGGUUUUACUACCCAACAAAAUAUCCUGUCUCAUCUGACCGGUGAGAUAAUCCAACGGUCCAGAUUGAAUCAGUACAAACCAUGAAACUGCCUGGGCUAGAGAGAGAAAUAAACAAACAGUCGACAAAAACCUCAGAGAGGUUCGUUCGUAUAACAGAAUCGUCAUCGUUCCUCGUGUCGCCGCCUUCUCUCCCUCCACCCAAUCAAUAAACUCCACGUGUCAGUAUUCCCUUUUCCUGUAUAAUAAUAUAUCCACCCAAGCACCAGAAGCAACGAACGUUGUCAUCUCUCUGAAAAUGGAGUCCUGUUAUGAGUUCGACUCGCUCUCUGAGUUACCGCCGCUUCCACAAGCGUACGCUCCCAUGGAGGAGUAUUAUCCUUACGACAUUGCUCCUCUCGAAUCCUUACCUCCCUUUCCUCACUCCGAUUUCGCUCCUCACGGCGGCUUGAUCACCUUCUCCGACGCGCACCAAGAGUAUCUCCAGCUCCAGAAACAACAACAACACUGCGCAGAACCGAUGUUCACAGACUCGUCUCUGUCGCUCGUCACUCGCGACUACCUCACCGAGUCGACUCGGUUCGAAAACCUCUUCUCCCAUGACGUUCCGUUUCUCUAUUUGCCAGAUCUCAAAUCCGUGGAAGACGCGAGGUCGCCGCCGCCGUGUCUCUCUCUCGCUCCUCCUCCUCUCCCGGUGGCUAGACAGCGUCACGUCCGCUCGCGAGUCAACAACACCUUCUCUAUCUCUUCUAAAUCUAAAGCUCCGGCGUGUCAGAAUGUUCAGGGUACAAGGAAGGUGUCAGACAGAAUCAGAUCGUUAGAGAAAAUCAUGCCGUGGGAGAAGAAGAUGAGUUUGGGUGCGACUCUCGAGGAAACGCACAAGUACAUCACCUUCCUCCACUCUCAGAUCGCUUCUCUCCGUUGGAUGCCUCUCGAUUCCGUCUACCCAACCAAACCCAGAGAAGAAACCACCAGUCUCCUCAACUCUCUGACGAGACAACAGCUUCUCCAGGUGCUUGCCAACUCUCCGGGGUCACGAAACGUGCUCUACAAGCAAGGUGUUUGCGUCUUCUCCUAUGAACAGCUUCUCUCCCUCAAGAUGAUGGCUCGUAACCUCUGAACACAAAAAGUGAAAACAACUUCCUCUGUUUUUGCUAACUUUGUUUUUUUUCUUUUGCUAAAUUAAUGGAGUUUGAUUCUCUCUUCA